AUGGCAACUUGCUGCCGACGAAUUUCGAUCUUUAUCUCGUUAUUGAUGUUUACAGCUGCUGUAGCUUUGGUAAUUGUCUCGUUGUUAACGGAAUACUGGUUUGAAAGUCGACCAGUUAACGAGAAAGGAGCAGCAAGCAAAUAUAACUAUGUUCAUUCAGGCUUAUUCAAAGGUUCUCGACAGUUGGACUGGGGUCUUGGACCUCGUUAUAAAACUUUUACCGUUUAUGCUGAAGUCCAUGAAGGUAUUAACUUUUUCGCGCGAGUCCCAUGGAUAUUUAUCCUCUUCUUCAUAGCACUUGGUUUAUUGUGGAAUGUUAUCGGUGUUAUCAUAUCAAUCGUGAACACUGCCGUUAAAGAAAAUGACACAAUUGCCGGACCAAUCGGAAUUUACUUCUGGAGCAUUCUCGCAUUAAUCUCUUAUGGAUCAGCACUAAUAAUAUUUCUCAUCGAGUACGCCACUUCAAUAAAGCUCAACUUUAAGCUUUUCAUUCUACUUGAUGGCGACUGCAAUGGUGUUACUAUUGAUACCCAGUGCUCUUAUGUUUUCAACAGCCGAGCCACGGCACAAUCGUAA